GUUCGUCAAUUGGAUCCUUUGGUUUUCCUUCUUGGUAAAAUUAGGCGAGAUCCGACAUUAAUGAAGAAUCUUCAUGCUCUAAACUCGGAAAACUCGAGUCUAUCGGAGCUCUCCAAUUUUGAGUCAUUUGACGAGUUGCAAAUGCGCAUCAAAAAUACUAAUUCUAAUGCCCUGUCAGGAACGCUACCACAAAGUGAUUACUCUGGUUUUGAGUCAUAUGGACAUUUUCAGUCGCUCGAGAAUACUCUUAUUUCAAAUGUAGAUCAUUCCGCUGUCAUUAAGACGGCCGCUACAAAGACAAAGGACAUCAAAGCUCAUCGCCGAAAGGAGUAUACUCUUUUUCCUCAAUGGAUGUAUUCGACGCCUUUCCUUUCUGCGGAUUUUUUACCGUCCAAUUGUCUCACUGCAAAACCACCCCAUUUCGUACCCUUGGAUAAUCUUCCUUUGAAUGUUCAGGAGCGACUCAUUGUACAAGAUCUUUUGUCAUGCCUUCAGGGUUGUGAUGGUGUAUACAUCAAAGCUCUUAAACUAGAAAACCCCCAUGCUAUGCGAAAUUUUGCUAUUGAUGAGAAAAUGCGUAAGAUUUCGUAUACAUUUUUUCCGAUUUUAGUGAAAUUCUGUCUCUUUUCUACUUGUUUUACAGAUCCCUCUCUUAUGGAUACAGUGAACAAAGUUGUUCCCCUUAUUUCCCAAUACUCCCUGAUUGAACGAUUUGUUGAAGAAAAGGCAUCCUAUGGGUUUGGCCGGGUGGACCAAGCGUUGAGCGAAGCCCUUCAAGAAAUUCUCCAAGAGAACUGGAAGCUCAUUUGCCAAUUGGAUCAGGAGUAUCGAUCUAAUCAACUUGGUGUUUCUCGUCUGCUUCUUCUCUUAAAGGAAACCGGCCAUCUCUUCAACCAACUCGCUCUCCUUAUCGCCAAAAUCAACACAGGGGAUUGCAUUGGUGGUGCCACCUUGACCCUGCUCUACGAAAGUCUCAAUCAAGUUUCUGUUAUCGGUAGGGUUCAUGACUGUAUGCUCUACCUCCUCCGCGCUGCUUGUCAGCCUUUCUUCGAGUCCCUGAGCUCGUGGGUUUAUCGCGGUAUACUGAAACCAGAAGACGAGAAGUUGGGUGAAUUCUUUAUCACCAAGGUCUCGAAUAAAUUGCAGUCCGGUGCUGUCAGAGAAAAUGACAGGGCUAUGGAGUACAUCAAUUCAGCUUUCUUUUGGGAUAGAAGUUACUGUAUUCUCUCCACGCAAUUGCCCACAUUUCUUGAAUCGCAUGCUGAAAAGAUUCUGGCUGCUGGGAAGUAUCUUAAUGUUGUUCAGCAGUGUGACAGUUCACAACAGUUGGCAGAACCUGAACCCCUUGUUUUCAGCGAAAAUGAGCAGGACUUUUUGGCACCCAUUGAUCGAGCCCACGCUUUUGCCAGUCGCACUGUUCUCGAUUUUAUUCUCAAACAGAAAGAUCUCAAAGGCAUUCUUAAGUCAAUAAAACGCUACUUCCUUCUGGAUCAGGGAGAUUUCAUUGUCCACUUUAUGGACGUGGCUGCGAAUGAGCUGAGGAAGCCCAUUUCGCAGGUUUCAAUCAGCGCGCUGAACUCCCUCCUUGAAUGGGUUCUCCAAACAAGUUCGGCCGUUUGUGAUCCCUAUAAGGAUAACCUUAGAGUGGCGAGCACAAACUGUGAUUUGAUAACGCAAAUAUUGACGCUUCAAGUGGGAAACAAUGGUACGUGUUGGAGUUGUGGUUUAUUAACUGGUGUUGUUGCUGUUGUUGUCUAUAUCGUAACCUUUGUCCAUGUUGUGCAUAUUUCUAUCCUAUUUUGUGACACCAUUGUCGAUGUGGAUCCAAGCACCUUAGAAGCAUUUUCCUUGGAUUACAUUGUCGACUGGCCAACUGUGCUUGUCAUCAAUCGCCUAGUACUUGAUCGAUAUCAGCUCCUUUUCCGACAUCUAUUUUACUGCCGGCAUGUGGAACGUCAUCUCUCUUCGUCCUGGGCAAUGCGAAAGGCUGCAAGACGUGCAACAGACGUUGGUGCAUUAGCCUUCAAUACUGCCUUCAUUCUGGGUCAACGAAUGCUCACUUACAUUCAAAGCCUGCAACACUACAUGACCAUUGAAGUGAUUGAACCUAACUGGCAGGCCUUCUACCAGUUUCUGAACAAGGCAGACAACCUGGACGAGGUGCUAGAGGCCCACGAAAAGUGCUUGGAGUAUUGUAUGGAUGAUUGUCUCCUCACAUCUCCUGACCUCUUAGCUCUAGUGGGCAAGCUCAAUGCAAUCUGUAUUCAAUAUGCCAAUUGUCUGAAUCAUCUUGCUGAUGCUAGUCUAGAUGACACUCUGGAAAGUGUUCCAAUGAGCUCCGCUGCUUCAAUGCAUCACCUCAGUCAUCCCCGACGUGUUGGUGUUUCAGCUUCGACUUCCCUCUCAAAUCUUGCUACUCCACUGGGUACUCUAAAGCGUCGUACAUCCGUUGCAAGUAGCGAUGGAGGAAGUCUGUUUAGGGGUGCAGAUAACUCCUCAAACUCGGGCUCAAAUCUGGAUUCUCGAAGGCGGGUGGCAGCUUCGGAUCUUGGUAAUGUUGGGGCGAAUGAGCAAUUCGCUAUUGCCGUGGACCACUUCAGCACGAAAUUCAACGAUCUUAUUGUUAAGUUGUUGAUAAAGAUCCGACAGUCUGUGGAUAGAAAAAGGGUUAAGCUCCACAGCUUGGCUUCCAGGUUAGUUAUCUAUUGUUUUUUUUUCGUAUUUUUUUAUAAGAACUACGAUGGUUUCUAUACGCGUUACAGUUUGGAAAAUGCUAAUCAGGAUGGCUCAAAGUUUAAAAGUCUAAUCUUUGGUCCAGGUGGUCUAGGUGGACCAAUUCGUCCCUCCUUGUCAAUGAGCAGCAUAACAACCCUUGAUAGCGCUAUAGUCGGUCCGCCUCGUCGUUUGGUUGGGGAACGAGGCGGAGUGGGGGAUGAAGAAACUCUUUCCCAUCUACGUAUGCCCAUUCCCUUAGUUUCUUCAGGCUCUCGACAGAAGCAAUUGUUGACGCCUGGAUCUAUGCUUCCUCCAGCGGCGCCCCAACCUCAGCCUAGAGAGCGUCGAAAUUCCCAACUGCUCACAUCCAAUGGUUCCGUCCACUGA